GUUUAAGGGGAGAGGCUGAAGAUCCAAGAUUGGCAAAAUUAUGACAUGGCGAAUUAAAUUGCUUAUUCUUGAUUAAAUGUUAAUUAAUUUCACUACAUGGAAGUAUUGAACUUGUAGAAAAUUAUCGGAAAAGAAAUAACAGCAAAUUACUUAAAGGCCUCACGGCAUCAUUCGUCGACUUUUCCAUUAGCGGCGAGUUGUCGCUGGAGCAACUUUUCCACCUGUCAACGUUGCUUGACGUAAACGGAAAUAGAAGCACGCCAUAAAUAAGCUAACUUUCUUCAUAUUUAUACUAUAUUAUAUGUGUAACAAAGGACACAUCUUGUGAAGUCAUUUCAGUAAGACUCAACUAACCGCACCAUUAGUGCUCAGUGAGGCGCGACUUCACCGCUUGUCGAGGGGUCAAAGAUGGAGGGACCGGGGAGGUCCGCUUGUUGAUAGAUACGUAGAUAUGUAAUUGUGAGUAAACAGUAACCGAAAACAAUAUUAUGAUAUAAAUAUAGGCGAAACUAGUAUAUAGAAUUAAAAAAUAUGCAUAUGUAGGUACAUAUUUACAUACGAGUAUAUAUUAUGUAAUGUUAUGGAGCCCAAAGCUAUAAACUAGAGCGCCGUAUAUUCAAGGAUUGCAUUAACAUGGCUACAAAUGUAUUUAUGUAUGUUUGUAUGCACGCUUAAUCCAAAGCGGUGCCGCACAAUGCUGGAUCCAGAUGAAAUAGCUCAAUGAAGUGAAGAAACCACAAAUGACUGCACAAAGUAGUCAAAACAAAUUAAGAACAUUUAAUUAAAAAUUCCCCAGCCGAAUAACGGCAUAAAAGUAGAACGAAAGAAAGAAAGAAAAUGUCUAUGUUAGUACCAUGAAUCAGUCGAUAUACGUAAACGACGUAAAAAAUAAACGAUUGCUUUCAUCUGAUAUAAUAUACAAAAUCACCAUUUAUUAAGCCCAAGUCCACAAAACCAACACAUCUGUGCUCCUACUAAUGCACAGACACACUCACGUCUUGUAAGUGUAUGGGUUAGCAAUCUGUGUCAUAUCCUACAGUACGACUACUCCCUCGGUCCAGCAUCGCACUGAGCAUUCUACUGAGCAUCCUUGUGCUUAAUUUUCAAACGCUACUCAAAAUGGGUAGCUUACCGAAUUUGCACGAAUUGGAAGAGAUAGAGCGCCGACGUGAGAAACGUCGAGAGCGCGAACAGCGUGAGCAAAUGCGAGAGCAACGAGCACGUGAUUCUAGUCGAGAGCGAGAGCGUAUGGCGUUAUUUGCGCAGCGAAAGCAAAAUUCCUACAACGCCUACUUAAUGGCUGGCUUGGGUAUGGGUGGCGGAACACUUGGCAUGGCCGCUGCCGUCGGUGCAUCCCACUUAACGGGAACUGCUGCAGCAACUGGUGUUCUCGGUGUUGGCGCCAACACAGCAGCUACAACAGCUACGACCACUUUAAGCGGCUUUGCAGUGGGUGGUGCAGCGUUACUCGGUCUGGGUACUCCCGCAUUACUAACGAAACAUCAUCAUCAACACCACCAACAUCAUCGACAUUCGCUGACGACACGACAUCGAGUGCUACGUACAAGAAGUUCUGGUGCGACACAUAAUAUUUGGGACGAGCAAUUGAUGGAGCAUCUCGCCGCCUACUCACCGAUUUCAACACGAUCGCAUCGUAUAAAUCCCGUAUCAUCAUAUCAGGUGCAAGCGGCACUGGCUGCAUCCCGACGUCGUGAGUCAAUCAACAGUUCCAUAGGUGCUGCAUCGAUAAGACGCCUUAUUACGCUUAAUAACCGCAACUGCCGACAUAAGAUACCGCCGCACGUACGCCAUAAGGUGUGUCAGAAUUUCAUCUGCAUCGCGGUAGCGCACGGUCUAAUUUGCGGUGUACUAUUGCCACUCUUCGCCUUACAGGGUUCCAAUUCGGUGUGGCAUCAACGCGAACAGUGGCUACACGUGGGACCGAAUAUCGGUUCGUUAUUAUUGAGCGGUUGCUUUCUCAUCUCAGCCAUAAUGUGCCUAUUUGCCAAACGCCUUAUACAGAAAUUCGGCUACACUUCGGUGAUAGGUGCCAGUUACGUGGCGACGAGUGUCUUUCUCUUAUGCCAUCUGUUUCCAUCCAUCUUUACGCUAUUGCCAGCAUACAUACUGCUCGGUGUCACCUAUAGUCCUUCGUGGAUAAGCAAAAUUUCAUUGGUGGUGCAUUUUGGCAGCAAACUGAGUUGUUCGCAGCACGAGUGUUUAUUGAGCUCAUCGCAUACCUCGGACGUAAUGGACGAACAUAAACUCUUCUGCAACCGGGAUCAAAAGGCGCGACGUUUGGCGCGUUGGUUUCAGGUGGCGCAGGAUUUAGGUAUCAUUUUAGGUGCACUUUUAGCAUCAUUUACAUUGGCCUGUAGCUCCAGCGAUUGGAAUUGCUUUGAAGGCGAUACUGUGCCGACUGCAGAAAUGCAAACAACUUCAUUGCCCGGUGGCGAAAAUUUUACUGAACCAGUUGUAAAGGCAGUGGCGCUGCGUUCGCACUCGUACAGCAUGACCGGCUUUUUGCCUAAUAUACCGGGUUACUUUGAUGAUUUCUAUUAUCACAACGAACAUGGCGAAAGAAUAUGUGGUGCUGACAUGUGCCCCGUUUGGUAUCAAGACAACAGUUUCGAUGACUUAAGCAAUGGCACCAAUGAGACCAUCUACACGCAAUUCAUCAAUGAAAGAUCAACUGGCGGUGGGAUUACACUGAUAUGUCUUUAUUUUCUGUUUACGCUCGCAGCGACGGGUUUAUCUGUCUUUAGCGGUAAGAUACAAGGAACUUUUCGGCGUGAGGCACAUGUAAGGGGCAUAACGGAUACUUUACUAUUUGCUGGACCGAUGGCGUAUUUCGUUGGUACCGAGCAAGCCUACAUGCUGGGUGACUUUUUACGGGCUUUCGUCUCCUGUUCUUUGGGCAUCAGCAUGGUUGCCGGCGCGUUAGUUGGCAUGGGCAUCAUGCAAUGCAUAGUUUCCUGUACGCUAAGUAUGCUACUCAGACACACUAAGCGCAUCGUGGUCAUAUUGGCCGGUCUGUUCUUUCAAUCAUGUCUGCUGCUUGCUUUGUCCACCUGGAAGCCAUCAAGCGAUGAUAUGGCGCUUUUCUACGUCUUAGCAGCGUCUUGGGGCGCCUGUAAUGGCAUGUGGGAAACACUCUUAAUGGCCUUAAUUACAUUGAAUCACGCCAACCAUGUCACGGAUGUGGCCGGCCCAUUACAGGGACUGCGUUUUCUUGGCUUAGGUAUCACUUUCGCGGCGCAUGGGCUAAUGUGUGAAACGCCGAAAAUUAUUACAAUGAUGAUAAUGUUGGUAAUCGGCUUAACGCCAUAUACGUUGCUGGAGACGAGGCUGGAAGCUCAGCGCAAAUCACAGCUGAUCAAUUUAUGACGUAGUGUCUUCAGUUAGUCAAAAAAGCAUGGUGCCAUGGCGCGAACACACACUAUGUAAAUAGAUCCAAGAUGCCCGAGUGGAAUAAGAAGGGAAGCAUGAAGAAUGGAGUGCAGCAGUAUUUGUAAAACAGUAUUCAAUUCAAGUAAAGAAAACAAACAGAUUUUUACAAAUAGUGUGCGCUAUUAAAAUCAUUGGCCUGCAAGGCUUGUUAAAUCAAACUUAGUUUAAUAGCAAAAAUUUAUACCUACACGUACAUACUAUCAUACGAGUAUGUUAUGUUAUUGUAUUUAUUUGGCAAUAUGUAAUGCAAGAUCUCGCUGUAGUUCGUAAGGCAAAAACAACAAUUAGUAGUUGUACUCGUGGAUCAAGUAAACAUGACUGUGUCGCUUGACUCAAUGAAUAAUCAUACAAUUACUUAAUUUCUUAUUCAUCAAUCCCCUACUAUAUGCAGAUUUAAAUAACAUCCGUUAAAGUAAAUAAAUAUACAUAUAAAAA